GGUCCUCAAGAGAAAUUUUGCACAGAUGUGUCGUGUUAUCAUAGGUUUUUCCAAAAAGAAAAUUUUGCUUAUGUUCGAAUGUUUACUCCUCUAGUUCUACAGAAGCAUUACUCGUCUUGCUUUUAGAUUUCUAACCAGUCAAGGAUUCAAUCAAGAGAAGAGAAAAAAUCAAAAGUAGAAAUCCCUUCGGAAUAAUUAAUUCAAAUUUAAUUGGAGGCAUGAAAGCGGGCAGCCUGUAUACCGAUUCUUGAAAGCAAAAGAUACCAAUUUUGUUCCUCCCGAAAUCCUCCUCCUCUUAAAGAGAAUCUGUAGCUGUAAUGGAUAGAAGAAGCACAGGGGCUGUGAUGGGCACUCUCACAACGAAGUUAAAGCGGAUAUCUUUGCUGUGGCUUGAGGGUUUCAGAGAAGCUUGUUGCUUUCACCGCGUCAUCACCUACUGCUUCAGGUCAAAAGAGCUCGCCAUCCGUAUGGGCCAGUGUUUUCUCUUGAAUGGCUUCUUUUUCUUGGGAAGUAUCUUUAUUCUAAGAUCAUUUAUCAUUCCGACACUGCAAUGGAUAUUGCCGGAUGGAUGCCUGCAAAUUACUUCUCAAGAAUCAUGCUCAAUUGGGGGUAUUUUGAGAUUAUAUUCCUUCUUACGAUUUUGGCUCGUUCAACUCUUCUAUGUAUUCUGGUUCUACCCUUUGUACAUAUUCAGCUUUAUUUUGAACACCAUUUGGUAUAAUGAUAUUGCAAAAUUUGGCUUUUUUGCAAUUGAGAAGGGGUACUCGGGGACGAAAUCAUCUAGCCAAAACAACUUACCAGCUGAACAGAAUACAGCUGACAGGGAUGACAAGGCAACUGAUUUUGAGGGUGUAAUGAUUGGAAUAGCUGAACAGGUCUACUCAAUUCUGCUGUUGAGCUUCUUCUUCCUAGAGGUAUAUGUUACUGGAUUUAUCCCUUACAUUGGGAAGACAUUAAAUUUUCUCCUUCUCUCAUGGAUGUAUGCUUAUUAUUGUUUUGAGUACAAAUGGAAUUUUUCUGGUCUGCGUUUGGAUAAGAGGCUUGACUUCUUUGAGUCCAACUGGGCAUUUUUUGCUGGUUUUGGAGGCCCCUGUGUUCUGGCAAUAUUCCUUUACUCUCCCCUUGUUAGCUAUGGAGUUAUGGCUAUACUCUAUCCAUUGUUUGUUAUGACUGCAACAGGCACAGAAGCAGACAAAGUGAUUACUUCUCAAAGAAAGAAAUGGAAAGGUGAAGGAUUAGGGAGGAUUCCAAUAUUUGUUUCUGCAGAUUAUUUAUCUAUGAAAGUCUUGUUGCUCUUCCCUCUUCAACAAGUGCAAAGCACAAAGGCACUCUGAGCAUUGGAUCGAUGUGGACAACUGGUUUAAACCUACCUUGUAUAUAAUGCUUCGUGCAUUUGCUGCUUCAAAUCUUGGAAGACAAAGCAGAGACAUAAUCAGAUAUGAAAGCAACCAGCAGAUUGGAAGUCUUUUGUACAUAGUGAAGAACUAAGCAACCAGUCUUAUGAAUUUCUUUAUUAUUGAAAUAAUGGCAACACAAAUUUCCAUUUGUAUUCUUUUACCAAAAUCCUUUUCCUAAUUUUAUUGAGUUUGUAGUUCGAAGCUA